AUGCUAGAAGAUGUCCGGCAGCCGCCAUCGAGGUUUUUCAAGAUAAUAAUGGACCAUCAAGCAGACAAUCUAAGAAUCCCGCCCGAGUUUAUGAAAAGAUACGGACAUAAUCUGCCGAGCCGUGUUUUUCUCAAGGUUCCAAAUGGGCCUUCAAUGGAGGCAGAAUUGGUUCGGUGUAAAAGUAGCAAGACAACUUGGCUACAUAAAGGAUGGCUAGAAUUCAAACAACUUUGCUCGAUCGGUUUUGGAUAUUUCCUAGUCUUCGAGUACGAUAAAAAAUCUCAGUUUAAUGUCCUAAUAUUCGAUAUGAGGGCUGUCGAGAUAAACUACCCUGUAUUGGAAGAUAAUGUGAUGGAAUCGGAUGGUGAAAAUCAACGAAAACCGAGUUGCCGGGUGAAGCUUGAGAAAUAUACUUAUGAAAAAUGCAGCGAAAUGAACUCGGCAUAUAAAAAAGCAGCAGCUUUUAGCACUUGUCUCAAGAACCCUUUCCACAUUAGUGUCAUGAAGCAUUCUGCAGUCUGUCACGGAUUCAGUUUGUGUUUGUCUCUGCCGUUUGCUAGACAGAAUCUGCCUCCCGAACGUGCUAAUUUGAUUAUUUUGGCUAUGGAAGGAAAAAAAUGGGCUGUAAAGUGCCUCGUGAGAAAUAGCAACGCUAGACUAUCGGCCGGGUGGGUAAGUUUUGUUAAGGGCAAUGGGCUUAAACUUGGUGAUGCUUGCAUAUUCGAAGUUGCUAAUAAGGUUGAUAAGCCUGUGUGGAAUGUUUUCAUCUUUCGAAGCUGA